ACUAAUUUCUCACUAAUUUGCCUGCAUGUUCUUGCUUAUCUAUUUCACAAGAUAUAUUAUUAUAUAUAACAAGUUUUUGUACGUUAAAGAUGUCUUUUUGUUUACAUUAUUGUGAACAAACAACACGCUACAUACAUUGAUAGUGUAAAAAUCCUUUAUAUUGUAGCCUGUAGGUGCAUAAGUUAAACUCGGUAAACUAUUGUUCCAUUUAAAUCAGGAUCCAAUUUUAAUGUUUAACAAUGUAUUCAUGUGUUUGGAAUCAAACGCAAAAUCUUGUUUGAAGGCGAACUUGGACAAAACUUUGUGAGAAGACUUUCGUCCAUGUGACCUCAUAAUCCAAAGUAUAAUUGGUUAUGAAGCAAAGCAUUUGUGCUUUUCUCUCAAGUCUAGCAUAUGCUUUUGUUAGUUCUUGACUUUAAAUUAGUAUUUUAACUUGCUCAAUCAAGUUUCCCCCAACAAUCAUCAAAAAUGGAUAAGGAAUUGAGAUCCAAGGUAGCAAGAGUUUCAGAUGAAUUCAACUCCAGUGAAUUCUUUCAGUUUCCGAGAGAUCGAGCUGGCCUUGCUUUCCAGUCUACAGAAACAAACACUAUGUUCGUCAUCACUGCUCAUUUGAAAGGUUAUACGCGAGGAAACGUAAAGGUUGAUCUUAAUGAGGACAAGACUAAACUGGUGGUAACAUGUGAGAAGCCGGUCCAAGAAACUGUAACGAUCGGGAGUGAAGUGAUCAAGAAAGGUGUACAAAUUAGAAAAUUUACAGAGUCUUUUAAGAUUCCAGAAGGGGUAAUCGUGGACGAAAUUAUAACUAACUUCAAUGAGGAAACCUCCAACCUGACUAUUACAAUGCCAAAGAGAAUGAAGGAGCCAGAGCUUGUUACACAGACCAGCUCAGAGAAUUUGCCUUAUACAGUUCUUAAAAGAGCGAGAUUUCAAGAAGACGAAGGAGCAGCUGAUUCAGUAACUGCAUAUCGAAAAGGACUAAUCGAACAACAUGGUGCUAAUAAUGAAUUGCCCGGAAGGGAAACCAAAAUAGGUGAUGAUAAAGUUGAAUGUAGAAAUUUGAAAGAUGAUGAAGUUUGUGAAAAAGAGGAGGAUAAACUGCCUAAGAGGAGCAAGGUAUGUGUUCCUGUUAUUGUUGGAUCAGCUGUAAUGUUAUCUGUAGUUGUCUUUGUGAUUCUUUUUAUGAGAAAAAAGAAGCAACCUGGAAAAAGAAAAGAAUAGGACAAUUUAUUGUGAGAUCUCGAAUAUCACAUAAAUUCUUGGGAUAUUUAUAAAGAGAUCAAGAUAUGCCAGACUCUUCUUCACAAUCAAAUAUUUCAAGAAAAUCCUUCAUGGAGAUCAAGUCCAAAUCAUACUGGUUUGAGAUAUAUCAUAUACGUUACUGACGACUCUCAAAUCACGGAGAAAUCAUAGAAGAGAAGAAUUAAGGGAGGAAUAAAAUUGUAGUCAUAUUGUUUUAUCAAUAAUAUUCUUGUUUCUUCAAUAGGUCAAAUAUAUCCUUAUAUUAUUAGAAAUGGUUUAGAUAUACACAACAAUGAUGAUUGAAGAAUGACUACAAUCAAUUAUACAUUUCUAAGAUU